AAACGCCAGCGCGUCCGACAAAAGAAAAAGGGGGGCAGGCGAAUGUUCACAGUUUGCUGCACUAGUAUAAAGAUCAGCACAGUUUUCAUUCACGCAGCCUGCGCUUACUCAACCUCAACAAACGACCGCAUCACAUUUUCCAUGCAUCAGCCAGCAUCCUCCCAGCCCCACAGAACAUAAGAGAGGCAGAGUGGCAUCUGCUGGUUGACUCGGUUUAAUAUUCCAAAUGGAAAACGGCACAUAUGUAAUUAGAUUGAUAUGUAGGGGACCUUUCUUCCUGUAGGCUACGGAGAGGAGGGCAGAAUAAAAAGCGGAGCCUGGACAUUAUUGAUUGGCACCCUCACUUCAGCUUGAGACCGUGUGCAGACUCCCCUCCAGCAGUCCAGCGCGGAGCCAAUCCGGAGCACUAGUCUGACUAAGUGAACGCUUCAAGACUCUCAGUACCAUGGCACCAUCACACCCUGCGGCCACUGGAUCCUCCUCUGCAGUUUGUUAAUGACAGCGCGCCACUAGGGGAAAUCGUUUUACGCACGGACACCUACAGUCACAAACGGACUGCGGAGACUUUCUGUCCUCCUGUUGCACCAUGGAGAACUCCAGUCUGCUCGGAGGCAGCUCAAGGGAUGCGGGACUGAAGGACUUUUUUGUGCUGGACACUUUGAAGCAAGCUGUGGAUUCUCCAGAGGUGAUGGGUGGACUAGGAGAGGCCAGUGGUGUCAUGUUUCUCGAAGGCAGCGCAUACAGGACUGUCGCUGGAGCGGACUUCAUGGCCGCUCUCCCGACGGAAUCCCCUCACCUGAUGCCCGCAUUUUGGGAUUCCCCGCUCAGUCACGGAAUCAAUGUGUUUGUGGGACUGGUGCUUUGCUUCACUAUGUUGGGGCUGGGCUGCACGGUGGAGGUUAGCCAGCUCGGAGAACACAUCCGCAGACCCAUCGGGGUUCUGUUGGCUCUGGUGUGCCAGUUUGUUAUCAUGCCCUUGGUGGCCUUUCUUUUGGCUUUAGCCUUCUCUCUGGAUGAUGUUGCGGCGAUGGCCGUCCUCCUCUGUGGCUGCUGUCCAGGAGGAAACUUGUCAAAUAUCAUGUCUCUUCUAGUGCACGGAGAGAUGAAUCUAAGCAUCAUCAUGACCAUAUCCUCCACCCUGCUGGCGCUCGUUUUGAUGCCGCUCUGUCUGUGGAUCUACAGUCGGGCGUGGAUCAACACACCCGUGGUCGACCUCAUGCCGUUCGGGGCCAUCAUCCUGACCCUGUGCAGCACUCUCAUCCCCAUCGGCUUAGGGGUCGUGCUGAGGUACCGCUACACGCGUGUGGCCGACAUUGUGUUAAAGGUGUCUCUGUGGUCGCUGCUGGUCACCCUGGUGCUGCUGUUCAUCCUGACCGGAGCGAUGCUGGGUCCGGAGCUGCUGUCCACCAUCCCUCCCUCCGUCUACGUGGUGGCCAUCCUGAUGCCUCUGUGCGGCUACGCUGCAGGUUACGGCCUGGCCGUGCUCUUCGACCUGCCCCCCAACAGCCGCCGGUCCGUCUCCCUGGAGACAGGGUGCCAGAACGUGCAGCUGUGCACCGCCAUCCUGAAGCUGGCCUUCCCCCCUCAGCUGAUGGGGGGGAUGUACAUGUUCCCCCUGCUGUACGCCCUGUUCCAAGCGGCCGAGGCCGGCAUUUUCAUCCUGGCAUACAGGAUGUACAGGAAGGAGGUCCUCCACAAGCCAGACCCCAUGGGGGGCGGCGGGGACACGGACAUAACGUACCAGAGGUUUGAGGACGAGGACUUUGACUCAUCUUACGGUGCGGUGACAGUCAGUGACCCAAACAGCAUCAUGCUGGACCCCUGUCCUCCUGAUCCAACUCCUGUUUAACGUGCAAAGUGUAUUUUAAAAACGCAGGCCCCUGUUUACUGACGGGGAGCAUGAGACCCGCAGGCGGAUUCAUCAUUCUGAUUGCUUUCAUUCAUGAAAAAAAAAGAAAAGAAAAGAAAAAUGCUGUAGAACAGAGAGGGCCGCUGCUCCAGAUGUUUAUCACUGACAUGACUGCUUGAAAAAAAAGGUGCUUCAUGUCAUCUCAUGCGUAAAAUAGAGACAGAAAACAUGUCUCAAAACAUUGCUGUUAAAGUCUAUUAAUGGGUGAUCGUGACACAAUUCAUUUUCAGUGCUUUAGGAAGGUGUGUGUGUGAGUGUGUGUGUGUGUGAGAGAUAGAGACUAUAAAGCCAUAUGUCAAACAUAUCAGAAUAAUUAAUGUGCAGAUUUCCCAACAUGCCUGUGCCAAACCUGUACCCAACAGCCUGAACCAUCUGUACUAUAUGUGUAUAUUAUGAAGAAGAAUAUUAUGAAGGAGAAUUAAAGCCGUUCAACACCUCCGUCACGUGUC